CUCUGUGAUGAGGACAGACCCCAGGCCAAGGACACAUCAGAGAUCAGUGCUGGGGUGGACAGUUGACAAGGACUCCCAUCAGUCUGUGGGGGAUGAGGAACUGAGAGGAAAGGAAGCAGGUCUAAAUGGGUAGGGAACAGGGGAGAGUCCUAACAACAGGCCCUGUCACCAGCCCAUGUGACCCCGAAAGGUCCAGCCCCAUAAUGAGCUCAGUUCAGAGAGACAAAGGACAACAGAACUGACAUCAGACCAUCAGGCUUUGGAAGAAGUUCUGAAGCCUGAGCUCUUUUCCACUGAGGCAAGACUAAGCAGACAACAGACUAUGGAGCCCCCCUCAGCCCUUCUCCCAACACGUGUCCCCUGGCAGGGGCUUCUGCUUGCAGCCUCACUUUUAACCAUAUGGAACAUGCCCACGGCUGCUGCACCUGCCAUUGAGGCAGUACCACCUGCUGUCCUGGAAGGGAAGAACGUCCUUCUACUUGCUCACAAUCUGCCAGACAACCUUUCAGCCUAUCACUGGUUCAAAGGGAAAGAGCCACUGGACAAAGAUCUAAUUAUAAUGCAUGAAAUAAAAUCUCAAGAAACCAAACAAGGAAAACUACACAGUGGCAGAGAGACACUACACCCUAAUGGAUCCUUGAUGUUACAGAAUGUCACCUUGAAGCAAUCUGGAAUCUACAACCUAAAUAUCCGUUCUGCAGAGUCUGACCAAAAAUCAAUGCUUGUGGAAGUCUCCAUAUACCCUCAGCUAUCCAAACCCUCCAUAAGAAGCAAUGGGACCACAGCUGUGGAGGGGCAAGACACUGUUGAAAUAACUUGUGACCCUCCCUUCCUGAAAACAACCUACACGUGGCGGCUAAAUGGUAAGGAACUCCCAGGUGACAACAACGUCAGCCUGUCCCGGGGUAACACAACUCUCACUUUACUCAAGGUCUCCAGACAUUUAAAAGGACGCUAUGAGUGUGAAGUGCAGAACCCACUGGGUGUCUUUCGGAGUAACCCAUUCACUCUGGAUGUUUUCUACGGCCCAGAUAACCCCCAAAUAUUUCCCCCAGACAAAUACUUUGAGGAAGGGAAAAACCUGUGGCUAUCCUGCCAGGCGACCUCUCACCCCAAAGCACAGUAUUCCUGGAAUGUCAAUGGAGAACACUGGAGUUCUAGACAAGAUAUCUUUAUCCACAAGGUCAACAUGAGUAAUAGUGGAUUAUAUACCUGCCAUGUCAACAACCCAACAACUGGCCACAAUGAUUUCAAAGUCAAAGAAAUUACAAUAGUUGAGAACUUGCUGAAGCCCCAUAUCCAAAUCAGAAAUAGAACUGUCCUAGAAAACCACUUGGUGGACCUGACCUGUGUAUCAGAGAAUACUGGCAUUUCCAUAUUGUGGACGUUCAAUAACGAGAGACUGAAGGCCACAGACAGGGUGAUGUUCUCCUGGAAUAAUAAAAGGCUCACCAUACGCCCAAUCACAAAGGAGGAUGCUGGGGCAUACCAGUGUGAGGUCUCCAACCCCUUCAUUUCCAAGCUGAGUGACCCAGUCAGCCUGGACGUACUUUAUCAACCAUCACAGAGAAAUUUCCCCAUGUCAGUUCCGGUUGCUGCUGCCUUGGCUGUUGAAGUUCUGGCUGGACUGGCUAUCCUAGGAGGCCUGGCGUACUUCGUGUUUUUCAAGAAACUUAACCGUCAGGAAAAAAGGCGCCACAAAGAAAAAGACAAGAAGCAAAAGGAACGGACGAAAGAAAAAGAGCAGCGGGAGAAUGUAAAGGGUGAGGAGGAAGAGCAUGCUCAGUGAGGACAACUGGACCCAUCCACCCACAGUAAGUAAAGGCACUGACCCUCGGGAAUCAAAGGUCCCACCACCUGCCCAUCCUUCCAUGGCAUCCUGGACACCAGCCACUGUCUCCUGU